AUGGCUACUCUCGUCCGUUCGAGCCUCCGAUUGCGCCCUGCGACGCGUCUUCCCACCGUUCGCACCAUUAGCACCUCCCCCUCGCUGCGCGCUGCGACGAAGCCGUACUUCGCCGACGAGCCCGCCGCUCCCAAGCUGGCCACGGCCAUCCCCGGUCCCAACAAUCAGAAGGCGACUGCCGAGCUGAAUGAGGUCUUCGACGUGCGCAGUCUGAAUAUGCUGGCCGAUUACUCCAAGUCGACCGGUAACUACAUUGCCGACUUGGACGGAAAUGUACUGCUGGAUGUCUAUGCCCAGAUUGCCUCUAUCCCGGUUGGUUACAACAAUCCUCACCUCACCGAGGUCGCCAAGUCGCCCGAGAUGAUCACUUCCUUGAUCAACCGACCCGCCCUGGGUAAUUUCCCUUCAGCGGACUGGUCCCAUAUUCUCAAAACCGGUAUUCUCAAGGUGGCCCCUAAGGGUCUGGACCAGGUGUUCACCGCAAUGGCCGGCUCCGAUGCCAACGAGACGGCCUACAAGGCGGCCUUCAUGUACUACCGCCAGCUGCAGCGUGGCGGCCCCUCGACCGAGUUCACCGAGGAGGAGCUGCAGAGCACCAUGCAGAACCAGUCACCGGGUUCGCCCCAGCUGUCCAUCCUGUCCUUCAAGUCCGCCUUCCACGGCCGUCUUUUUGGCAGUCUCUCCACCACCCGCAGCAAGCCCAUCCACAAGCUGGACAUCCCCGCCUUCGACUGGCCUCAGGCCACCUUCCCCUCCCUGAAGUACCCCCUGGAGGAGCACGCUCAGGAGAAUGCCCAGGAGGAGCAGCGCUGCCUGCAGGAGGUGGAGCGACUGAUCAAGGAGUUCCAUAACCCUGUCGCUGCCGUCGUGGUUGAGCCCAUCCAGUCGGAGGGUGGCGACAACCACGCUUCCCCGUCCUUCUUCCGCGGCCUCCGCGAGAUUACCAAGCGCAACAAUGUCCUGUUCAUCGUUGAUGAGGUCCAGACUGGUGUCGGUGCCACCGGCAAGUUUUGGGCUCACGACCACUGGAACCUCGAGACUCCCCCGGAUAUGGUGACCUUCUCCAAGAAGGCCCAGACUGCCGGUUACUAUUACGGUAACCCGGCCCUGCGCCCCAACAAGCCGUACCGCCAGUUCAACACCUGGAUGGGCGAUCCCUCCCGCGCCCUGAUCUUCCGUGGCAUCAUUGAGGAGAUCGAGCGUCUGGGUCUGGUGGAGAACACUGCCGCCACUGGCAACUACUUGUUUUCCGGAUUGCAGCGUUUGAGCCAGAAGUACCCCGAGCAUCUGCAAAAUCUCCGUGGCAAGGGCCAGGGAACCUUCAUCGCCUGGGACACGCCCAAGCGGGAUGAGUUCCUCGCCAAGGCCAAGGGCGUGGGUGUCAAUAUCGGUGGCAGUGGACAGAGUGCCGUUCGCCUGAGGCCCAUGCUGAUCUUCCAGCAGCACCAUGCCGAUAUCCUCCUGGAGAGCGUUGAGAAGAUCAUUAAGCAGCUGUAA